GUGCUGGUGUGGGGGGUCGUUGCGAUGUGAUUCUGCAGGUCGCUGCUUUGAUGGCGCAAGUCUUUGCAUGCUGGUGUGGUCGCUUCUUUGUUAUGUGGUGGUUCCUUUUCUUUUCUUUUCGUCCCUGCUGAGUCAGGGGCAAGUAGCCGCUGCCGCUUACCUCAGGUGCAGCACGACGAGGUCAAGGCACUCGGCGUGCCGGAGCUCGACGAGAAAGGCAGAAAGCGCAUGCGCUGCGUGACGAACGACGGCUACGUGGGCUGGGUCGACGAGGGAACCGUGCUUCUCGUCGCCGAGCCUACCAAGCUCAUGGGAGGCGGCCCGCGGCCGCCGCAGCGGCCCCCGCUGCCCCCGCCGCUCGCGCGGCCCCCCGCCUGGCCGCCGCCCAAGGAGCUUGACAAGGACGCCCUGGUGGCCACGAUCAAGGCCUACUGCACAAAGGGUAAGGAGCAAAAGGAGCGGUGGCGGAAGCACUGCCGUGCCCAGAACUACCUCCAGGACGAUCCCAGCAUGAAGCCCGUCGAGUUUCUGCGAGUCUUCUGGGACAUCGCCAAGGAGCACGGCGCCCGCGGCCCCGCUCCCGGGCCCCCGCCGUUCGCCGCCCCGCCGCCGCCCACCGCCUCGCACGGGGCGCCCGAGCGGCCGCCGCGGCCGAGCGGGGCGGCGCCCGUGCAGUGGCGAAGCACGCCCGGCCUGCGCCCCG